UGUUCCUCGUAAGUUUAGCCUGAAGAUGAAUUCAAUUCCGUUGUUUGUUAUCUUGUUGCUGGCAGCAGCGUAUGUUGUGUCACCAGCUGAAGCUGUACAGAAGAGAGCUACAAUCUUGUUAAAAGGUAUGAUAGCUAACGUUACAGAAAGUUCCACAGACUACGACGGUUACGGCUGUUUCUGCUAUGGGGGUGCUGGAAAAAAACCUGUGGACGAGCUAGACAGCUGUUGUAAAGCACAUAACGAAUGUUAUAAGCCAAUCUAUAACAAAUGCUUUCCUACCACCAUCGACUACAAAUACUCUUGUGUUGGCAGUACAUGCACCUGUGACCCCAAAAACACCCAGUGUGGAACUAGUGCUUGCACAUGUGACCUGCAGUUAGCCAAAUGUGUGGCCAGCAAAAAGUACAAUGACGCCUACAAAAAUUACGACAGGAAGAAAUUGUGCUAGCCUUGCUACGGCUCACGUUCAUUAGCUUUACCUUAAGCUUGAACAUUAAAACAAAAUAGAUCA